GCGGCCGGACGUGGCGGUCCCGUGAUGCGGGGCCUGCCCGGGCGGGGCCUGCGGGGCGGCAGCGGCGGGCGGCGCUGGGGCCGGCGGGAUGCCGGGGCUGGUGUUGUUAGGCAGGCGCUGGGCCAUCGGCAGCGACGACUUCGUCCUCCCGGGGGCCUUCGAGCUGUUCGUCAGGCUGGUGUGGUGGAUUGGAAUUCUUGUUCUUUACACAAUCCAUAAGGGGCAGUUUAACUGUCCUGGGGGAGGAUCACUGCACAGCUACUUGCUCGGCCUCCUCCUUCUCCUGGCUGCUAUAAUAUGUGCAUUGUCUGCUCUUGUAUACAUCAGUAUGCAAGGAACAAUUUCUAAUCCUGGCCCAAGAAAAUCACUUCCCAAGCUGCUUUGUAUACGCCUACUUCUCUAUGUCCCUGAAUUCAUCUGGGCUGUUGCAGGAGCUGUAUGGGUGUCUGACAGCAGUGUGCGCUGCGAGAAGACUGUGGUAAAUGGCAUCAUUGGGACAGUUAUUGCAAGCUGGGUUAUCAUCAUCUUUACCAUCAUUGGAGUCGUAAUUGCCUUUGAUCCACUUGGGGGGAAAAAAACGUUUUACCUCACUGACAGUGUAAACUGGAACCUGGAAAGCAGCCAGUCAGGGCAGUUGCUGUAUAAGGUGAAGAACACUGCCACCAGAGUCUGGGAAAAAAGAAUCAGGUUACUGUGUUGCUGCAUUGUGCAAGACGAUGACCACCGGGUGGCUUUUACAAGCAUCGCAGAGCUUUUCCGCAACUACUUCUCAGACACUGAUCUGGUGCCAAGUGACAUAGCAGCUGGUUUGACUCUGCUCCAUCAAGAGCAAGAUAAAAUGGAAAGUUGCCCAAAAGACCCUGAAGAAGUCCUGUGUCAUUCUCCAUCAUCUCUUGUGGCAGGUGAUUUGGAUAUUGAACUGGAGAACUCUGCUCACUAUAUGCUCUUUGCUGCAGCUGCUUAUGGCUGGCCCUACUACAUAUACACCAACCCAUUUACUGCACUCUGUAAGCUCAGUGGUGACUGUUGUGGAAACAGACUGACAGAUUCUGAUGUAACUGGCAGUGAGCGUCACAACUUGCACUUUGGAUCCAUCCUAAAAAUAACAGGACUGCAGUACAGAGACUUCAUUCAUAUCAGUUUUCAUAACAAGAUCUAUGAGAUUCCAUUUUUUGUUGCUUUGGAUCACAGAAAAGAAGCUAUUGUGGUUGCAGUGAGAGGAACCUUGUCUUUUGAGGACAUCCUGACUGAUCUUUCAGCAGACUGUGAAGACUUGACACUGGAGGAUGUCUUGGAGAAUGGCUUUGUGCAUAAGGGAAUAACUCAAGCUGCCAAUUAUAUCCAUCGAAAGCUAAUAAAUGAUGGGAUUUUAAACAAGGCUUUCACAAUUGCUCCAGAAUAUAAACUUGUGAUAGCUGGUCAUAGUUUGGGUGCUGGAACAGCUGCUAUACUGGCAAUCAUGCUCAGGAACUCUUUCCCAGCACUGAAAUGCUAUGCUUUUUCUCCUCCAGGAGGACUUUUAAGCAAGUCCCUUGCAGAUUACACUAAGCACUUCAUUGUUUCAGUCAUUGUGGGAAAGGACCUUGUUGCAAGGUUAAGUAUGCCCAACAUGGAGGAUUUAAAGAGGAGAAUAGUGAGAAUUGUGGCAAAUUGCAACAGACCCAAGUACCAGAUUUUGCUACGUGGUUGUUGGUAUGAGGUAUUUGGGGGAGAUCCAGAUAACUUCCCAACAGAGCUGGAUGGUAGAAACCAAGAUGCCCUCACCCAGCCCCUCCUGGCUGAGGAGAGUUUAAUGGUUCAUCGGUCUCCUUCCUACAAUGCCCUUGAUGAUGAAUCACACCUAAAUUCACCACCUCAGUAUCCACGUCUGUAUCUUCCUGGAAGAAUUAUCCACAUUGUAGAAGAAUCCAGCUCUAAGCGGUUGUGCUCUUCAGAUAUUAAAUAUACAGCAAGAUGGUCAAAUGAAACAGUCUUCAGCAGCAUUUUAAUAAGUCCCAAGAUGGUGACAGACCACAUGCCAGAUGUUGUGCUGAAGGCUCUGAACAGUUUAUCUCAGGAGCAUCAAUCAUGCAUUUCAUGUCAAACACGAGAGUGUGACACCCAUGAGGUACAGCCAUAGCUCACAGGAGAGGUGGGGGGUUUCUCUUUGUAGGGUUCAAGUAUUCAGACACAUUUCACGUGCAGACCUAAGUGGAUUUCCGUACUUUUCUCACAUGGCAUAACAUAAAGAAGGGCUAUAAGCCCUUGCCUCGGCAGCGACCUCGAGUGACGUGGUGCUGGUUGAAGCACAGGUCCUGCACUGGUGCUGAAGGUUGAGCUGUUACAGACCCCAGUGAGUUCCUGCUCACCCAGCGCCAAGCCCUGCUGCCUGGGGGGAGCUGGGCCUGCAGGUGGAGCCAGACCUGUGAGACCUUCGGGAACGCACUAGCCCCUUCUGCUGCCGUGUCCCUUCAGGCCGUGUCCCUGUGCCCAGCCCGGGGUGCUGCAGGAGCUACCCCACGCAGUGAGUGAGCAGGGCUGUCCCCACAGCCUGGGGGCUGGGGUGGCGUGGGGGAGUGUGUUGUGGUUCAAGGCUGCUUGGCUACACGUGCAAUAGUCUUUUAAUUUACCUGCCUGGUCUGUUUGUUGAUCCACGUGACUACUUUUAUUAUUUUUUUAAAAACUAAUACUAUACUUGAUGAGAAAGGAAGAAAAAAAAUAAAUUACUGUUCAUGUUUUGAUAUCAUCUCAGUCAUGAGCUCUGACUACCAAAAAAAAAAAAAUAGAAUAGUUAAGUCGUUGAUUCCUUGUUUCUAGCGUGCAGCUAUUUUAACUUCUUUCAGGGCUCUGCAGCAUUUCUAAAGUUAAAAAAAAAUAUAUGAAUUAUACAAAUUCAUAAAAGUAAUACAUGAUUGAGACCAGUGUGGAUGUUCUUGCUGUGAUACUGACUAUGGAGACAAAAUAAAAUGCACUCAAGAAGGA